AGCCAGGUCCCUGGAGGAAUGCGGCCCUUUAUUCUGACUGCUUCCUCCCGUCCGUCCAUUCCUGACUUCAUUCCUCCUUCGUCCACCUUCUCAUCACUUUCUCCCGCCCUGCUUUCCUCCUAAUUCUGAUUGAAGUGAAGAUCCUGAAGACACCUUUUGAGAUUCGGCCACAUCCCACAAACUAUGUCCAAGACAUUUAGCCAGAGCGACGUCGCGUCGCACAACAAGACCGAUUCCCUAUGGAUUGUGGUCGACGGCGACGUCUAUGAUCUCACGAAGUUCCAAGAUGACCAUCCAGGCGGCAAGAAGAUCCUCCAGAGGGUGGCGGGCAAGGAUGCGUCGAAGCAGUUCUGGAAGUAUCAUAAUGAGGGUAUUCUCAAGAAGUACCAGAAGCAGCUGCAGAUUGGGUCGCUAGACAGCAAGCCUAAGCCUGCCGCCGCCCCGGCGCCGGCACCCGCCCCUAAGAAGGAGGCGCCCAAGCCCAAAGCCGCAGCGGCGGCUACCCCUGCCGAGGAGGCCGAGGCCCUGGAACCGUAUGGCCAGCUGAUUCCUUUCGGCGAUCCCAGUUGGUAUCAAGGGUAUCACUCUCCCUAUUUCAACGAGACACACGCUGCCCUUCGGGCUGAGGUUCGCGAGUGGAUCGAGACCGAGAUCGAGCCCCAUGUCGCCGAGUGGGACGAGAAGAAGCAGGUGCCGCCCGAGAUCUACAAGGAAAUGGGCCGGCGCGGUUACCUCGCCGGCCUGCUGGGCACGAAAUACCAGAAGGACUACGUCCAGAAUCCCAUCAAAAGCGUCCCGCAUGACAAGUGGGAUCUAUUCCAUGAAAUGCUGCUCACUGAUGAGCUCAGCCGCACCGGCUCAGGUGGCUUCGUGUGGAACGUCAUCGGUGGCUUCGGCAUUGGCUGCCCGCCGCUGGUCAAGUUCGGCAAGAAGUCGCUGGUCGACCGCAUCCUGCCGGGCAUUCUCAACGGCGACAAGCGCAUCUGCCUGGCUAUCACGGAGCCCGACGCCGGCAGCGACGUGGCCAACCUGACGUGCGAGGCCAAGCUGAGCGAGGACGGCAAACACUACAUUGUCAACGGCGAGAAGAAGUGGAUCACCAACGGCAUCUGGUGCGACUACUUCACCACAGCCGUGCGCACCGGUGGGCCCGGCAUGAACGGCGUGUCGCUGCUGCUGAUUGAGCGCGACUUUGGCGGUGUGUCGACGCGACGUAUGGACUGCCAGGGCGUGUGGUCGAGCGGCACGACCUACAUCACCUUCGAGGACGUCAAGGUGCCCGUCGAGAACCUGAUCGGCAAGGAGAACCAGGGGUUCCGUGUCAUCAUGACCAACUUCAACCACGAGCGCAUCGGCAUCAUCAUCCAGUGCCUGCGCUUCUCGCGCGUGUGCUACGAGGAGUCGGUCAAGUACGCCAACAAGCGAAAGACGUUCGGCAAGAAGCUCAUCGAGCAUCCGGUCAUCCGGCUCAAGCUGGCCCACAUGGCGCGCCAGAUCGAGGCCAGCUACAACUGGCUCGAGAAUCUCAUAUAUCAGUGCGAGAAGAUGGGCGAGACCGAGGCCAUGCUGCGCCUGGGUGGCGCUAUCGCCGGGCUCAAGGCUCAAGCCACCGUCACCUUCGAGUUCUGCGCCCGCGAGGCCUCGCAGAUCUUUGGCGGUCUGUCAUACUCGCGCGGCGGCCAGGGCGGCAAGGUCGAGCGCCUGUACCGCGAUGUCCGCGCCUACGCCAUCCCAGGCGGCAGCGAGGAGAUCAUGCUUGAUCUUAGCAUUCGGCAAAGCUUGAGGGUCCAUAAGAUGCUGGGUAUGAAGCUGUAAGGAGGACUAAAUUUUGGAAAUUGGCGGAAAGGGCUGCGAGGUAUUUGGUAUAUUAGUCGAUCAAGGGUAACAGUAUUUGUAUUGGCGCUGCUGUUCUGUUCGGUGGCCAUGCUGCUCGC